GAGUGCGCGCGCAUCAGCUGCUCGGUGUAUAAAUGUGAUUUCUGACUGGAAUAAAAAACCCGUUUAUUUUUAUUGAAUAAGUUUUUAUUAAUAAUUCAGUUUCUCACUUUACACACUUUAUUAGUCAUUCAGGUCGCUGUGGGCUGGUGUUUAGUCAGAAGUUCAAAUGGAGCCGGGGUUAGAGAUGUCUGCCAUGAUUCCUGCUCUUCAGGAGCUAGCGAGCGCCACCUCAGAGGAGUAUAACGGAGCUGUGCAGAAACCCAGACAGAUCCUGUGUCAGUUCAUUGACAGAAUCCUGACUGAUGUAGAAGUGGUGGCGUUGGAACUUUCUAAGAAGAGCAGGUCAGAACCGGCGUGCGUCAUGCUCCUGGACUUCAUCCAGCACAUCAUUAAAUCCUCCUCGCUGAUGUUUAUAAACCCGACGUGUCAGGCAGAACAGUACAGAGAAGUACAGAGUGACUGCAGCGAUUUCAGUAAGUGGAUCAUCAUGCGUGUGUUACGCAUCACCGCCGCUCCGGAAUGCGGAAUUCUGCACGCUAAAAUCGUCUCGGUCCUCUGUUCCCUGCUCCACCUGUUCCGAGCAAAGUGCCCCGUGAUAUUCGGAGUGUUGGUUCGAGAGCUGAUAGGAUUAGUGCAGGAUCUCACACACACCUGCUGCAGGACGCCCGACACACACCGGAUGCAGUGGCCCGUAUCGCUGCAGCGUUUCAGUGUCAGCACGUCUCAUCGCGCCCUGUAUCUCACACCGUCCGUCCUCCACCUCGUCUCAGCCGCGUCCUCUCAGGCGCUCUUAUCCACCACGCUGAGCGUCCUCACUGACAUCCUGCAGGGCAUCUUCUUUCCCAGGGAAGUCGGACAGAUCUGGGACGCGUCCUGUUUCGUCCUGAUGAAUGCCGGCCCGGAGUUAAAAGUUGUCUCCAUGGCGAUGCUGAGACGCAUCGUGAACCUGGGGGGACUUCCUGUCAACCACGAGCAGACUUUUUUCACGGCGUAUCUGUCCCUCCUGGAAUCGUUCGUCUCUUGCGAGGAAUCGGACGUGCGCACGUGCGCAGCAGAGUUUCGGGCACUGACAGGGAGCGUGUUCAGACCGGAGAAGGACGCACACGUGCGGAUCGGGCGUGUCCACCUGGACCUGCUGAUGGACUUGGUGCACACACUCGUCAUCAGAGGGGCUGUGGACAGGAUGAAGGAUACGGAGGUGAGGAUGGCGCUAUAUGAGGUUUUCCGCUUCGUCCUGGAGCACGUGCCCUCAGGAUACGAGUCCGCAACCUCGAUCCGGAAGGAGAGAGUGACGUCCAUCUGCAGAACCCUGAUCUCCAACAUUGGAGCUCGGAAACAGCAGGAGUAUGUGGAGGGAUUCCUGUGUGUUGCACUGAAGGCCGAAGGUCUUGCAGCUCUACAGGAAGUGCAGAACGAGUGUGUGGAGCUCAGUGGAGCUGACGAGGAGAUUCCAGCAAAAAAAUUACACCUGUCUCUCUCCACAGCAUCCAGACGAGAACCGCUUGGUCAUGUGGACAUGAGGAGCAGGAGCGAGGUGUGGGCUGCAGUAGAUGAUCGGAUGGAGGAGUUGAUCAAACAGCUGGAGGCAUGUGAUGGAGUCGAACAGCGUGUAUGUGUUCUGGAGGGAUUAGUUAUCAUCCUGCGUCUCACUGCUGUCUCCACCAGUGAGUUUGUGUUGAACUCUGGAGAGAAACUCGCACAUGCUCAGAAUCUUGUGUGGUUGAAGUCGAGGACGUUGUCUAAGGUGGUGGAGGCGUGUCUAUCCGUCAUGGCCACCGCCACUGAGGAGAACAUGGAGCUGACUGUGGAGAGGACGGUGCGUGUCCUGGAUGCCGUCGUCUUCUUGUCCAUUAACAGUCAGACUGACGUCAGUUUGUCCCGAAGUGUGUGUGCGAUGUUGUCGAUUCCCUGGAUGAACACACACUCCUCCGUGUCGGCCUAUCAGACGGCUUCAUUUCCUGCUAAUCUGAUUGGACUGUCGAAGAAACUUGCACCUGCCUACUCUGUGGAGACACGAGGUCGCUGCGUGUUCCUUCUCUCUCUCCUUCCACAGCAGACGAGUGUGGAUUGGCGUGCGAGUGUUUAUCAGAGUGCACUGCAGAGUGAGAAUGAGACGGAGCGUCUCAGUGCAGUGAAGGGGUUUCCUCUGCUCUUCCAUCAACUCGGGACUAAACCAUACAUCCUCCUGCACACUACGCUCAUGUCCAGACUCCAGGACGUCUCGCCCCAUGUGAGGACAGCGAUGGCGUCUCUCAGUUCUAAGUUACUGUGCUGUUUGAGUGAAAGUUCUCAGUUCCGUGUGCUCCCUGAGGAUUUGUCUUCUCCUUCAGAGUUCCUCUGUUCUCAUGUCACUCUGUCCGACUCUCACUCUGUCCGUCUGUCCUCCUCCGGGGUGUCUGUCCUCGCACCGUUUCUCACCCUGCUCAGACCUAGUGAGGAGCCUGAGGUGAAACUAGCGUUUAUUGGGAACAUCAGUCACGUGUGUAAGCACGUGGACGUGAGCAGUGGUGACCCCGACACCCAGUCUCUCCUGGUAGCGCUGGUUAAUCUGAUCGAGGAUCCACAACAAGACGUUCGAUUGUCCUUCAGCCAGAACAUCAGGAGUCUGCUAGAGCACUGGAACGGAGAUGCUUUCCUCAAAGAGCUGCUUGUAUCUCGGCUGAAGGAGGCUUUUACCAACACAAAAACUUCCAGAAACAAUGAACUGAAAAACACACUUAUCCUCACAACAGGGGAGAUCGGGAGGGCAGCUGAAGGCAGUCUGGUGUCAUUCUCUCUGCUGCGUCUGCUCCACUGUUUACUCUCUAAAUCCUCUCAGGUGUCUGUCGUGGCUCACACAGAGAUUCAGGCUCUCGCUUCAGCCAGGAACCUCAAACUGCAGAGCUUCUUCAAUCAGUACAGGAACCCUGUGUGUCAGUUCCUGGUGGAGUCAUUACACUCCCGCCACAUGGUGGCGCUGCGCUGUACCCCUGAUCACAGCAGCGAGGCUCUCCAGGAGGAGGCGGCGCACCAGAGAGAACUGGCCCUCGACAUUCUCUCACACGUCGCACACGCCUUCGACUUCCCCGACCUCAACCGCUUCCUUAACCGUACGUUGCAGGUUCUCCUUCCCUAUCUAGCAGCGAAAGCGAGUCCCACGGCGUCGGCUCUUAUCCGCACCAUCGCCAAACAGCUCAACGUCAACCGAAGAGAAAUCCUCAUCAACAACUUCAAAUACAUCUUCUCCCAUCUGGUGUGUUCCUGCACCAAGCAGGAGCUGGAGAGAGCGUUCCACUACCUCAAGAGUGAAACAGAGAUUGAGCUGGGCAGUUUACUGAGACAGGACUUCCAGGGUCUCCACAACGAGCUGCUGCUGCGUCUGGGAGAAAAUUACCAGCAGGUCUUUAAUGGACUUUCCAUCCUCGCUUCAUUCGCCUCCUGUGAUGACCCGUAUCAGGGACCCAAAGACAUCACCUCUCCUGAAAUAAUGGCUGAUUAUCUUCAGCCGAAGCUCCUGGGCAUCCUGGCGUUCUUCAACAUGCAGCUGCUGAGCUCCAGCACCGGUGAGAAGGAGAAGAAGAAAAUGGCUCUGAAUAGUUUAAUGGCUCUGAUGAAGCUGAUGGGAUCAAAGCACAUCAGCUCAGUGAGGGUGAAGAUGAUGACAACACUCAGAACUGGUCUGAGAUAUAAAGAGGACUUUCCACAACUCUGCUGCAGGACGUGGGAUUGUUUCGUCCGCUCUCUCGAUCCGUCUUAUUUAGGGCCGUUGUUGAGUCACGUGAUCGUCGCUCUCCUGCCUCUAAUCUCCAUCCAGCCUAAAGAGACGGCCUUGAUCAUGCACUACCUCAUUGUGGAGAACAGACAGGAAGUAGAGGACUUUCUUCAUGAAAUCUAUUUCCUCCCAGACCACCCGGAGCUAAAGGAUGUCCAUGAGGUCCUACAGGACUACAGGAAGCAAACGUCGAAGAGUUCUGACCUCCAGGCGGCGCUGCAGCUCUCCAUGCGUGCGAUUCAGCACGAAAACGUAGACGUGCGCAUUCACGCCCUCAACAGCCUGAAGAAGAUGCUGUACAAGAACCAGGCAGCAGUGUUACGCUUGCUGUUGGACAGUGAGUUGGUGGAACCGGUUCUGUCUGAGCUGGUGACGGUUCUGUUGUUGGGAUGUCAGGAUGUCACGGCGGAGGUGCGGCUGUUGUGUGGCGAGUGUUUAGGGGAGCUGGGGGCCAUCGACCCCGGACGCCUCGACCUGAACACCACACACACACAGCGCAGCGGCGCCAGCUUCACCAGUGGAAUUGAUGAUCCUGAUUUUGCCUUUGGGUUGUUAACAGAACUUACUAGAACUUUCCUGGCGUAUGCUGACAAUGUACGAGCUCAGGAUGCUGCUGCUUACGCCAUGCAGGAACUGCUGUCUAUAUUUGAAUGUCGUGAGGGAAGGACGGACUCGCCGGGCCGCAGACUAUGGAGGAGGUUUCCAGAACAGGUUCAAGAGAUUCUGGAGCCGCAUCUAAACAGCAGGUAUAAAAGCUCACAGAAGGUAGUGAACUGGUCCAGACUGAUGAAGCCUGUCUACCUGAGUAACCGAGGGAGAAAGUUCUCCGACUGGUCUGCUACAUGGGCUGGAUAUCUCAUCAGCAAGGUGCGUCAUGAUCUUGCCAGUAAAGUGUUUAACUGCUGCAGCUUCAUCAUUAAGCACGACUACAGAGUGACUCUGUACCUGCUCCCCCACAUCCUUCUGUAUGUCCUGCUGAGCUCCACCCCUGAGGAACAGCAGGAGGUGGUGGAUGAGAUCAUGGCUGUCCUGAAGGAGGACGAACCGCGUCUGACUCAGCUGCAGGAGAACGCCUCAAGUCUGGCUCAGCUCAGCACUCAGACUGUCUUCUCUAUGUUGGACCAUCUGACCCAGUGGGGGCGCUACAAACUCCAAACACUCAGCACGACUAGGAGCUCGGGUCGACAGAACCGAGACACACAGAACCUACAAACCAGCUGUGUGGAGAACAGUGAUUAUCAGUGUGUGGUCUCCUUCUUGAACCGGAUUCCUCAGGAUGUUCUCGCCAAGGCAUCGUUCCGCUCUAAAGCGUACACACGUGCGGUCAUGCACUUUGAGGCCUUCAUCAGGGAGAAGCAACAGAACAUUCAGGAUCACCUGAGCUUUCUGCAGGCCUUGUAUGCAGCCAUGCAUGAGCCGGAUGGUGUGAAAGGAGUAAAUGCUCUGAGAAAAGAGGAACCUUCACUAAGAGAACAGAUUCUAGAACACGAAAGUAUCGGCCUGCUGAGAGAGUCUACAGCCUGCUACGACAGAGCUAUCCAACUAGAACCUGACCAGAUUGUGCAUUAUCAUGGUGUGAUGAGCUCUAUGCUGGGACUCGGUCAGCUCUCCACAGUAAUGACUCAGGUUAACGGUGUUCUGGCGAACAGGCCACGCUGGAAGUCUGAUCUGAACACUUAUCGCGUCGAGGCGGCGUGGAAACUCUCCAAGUGGGAUCUAGUGGAGGAUUAUUUGGCCUCUGAUGAGAAAUCAAACACAUGGGGUGUGAGACUUGGGCAGAUGUUGCUCUCAGCUAAGAAGCAGGACUCUGAUGGUUUUAAUGAGAAGCUGAAGUUGGCGAGGAGGGAGCAGGUAGUUCCACUUUCGGCCGCCAGCUUCGAGUUUGGAACCUACCAGAGAGGAUACGAGUACAUCGUUAGACUUCACAUGCUCAGUGAGUUAGAACAUGCGUUCACUAAACUGCAGAUGAAAAGUGAAGGUUCCAAAGCGAGUGAUCUGAUGCUGAAUUGGGACGAUCGCCUGCUCAUGACCCAGAAUUCCUUUAGAGCCAAAGAGCCAAUCCUGGCUCUCCGUCGGGCUUUGCUCAGCCUCAGCAAGGAGUGUGUGUAUGAGGAGCAGGUGGGUCAGUGUUGGCUGCAGAGUGCGAGAGUGGCCCGUCGAGCUGGUCAUCACCAGACGGCAUUUAACGCCCUGCUGAACGCUGAGAACUCUCACCUGUCUGAGCUGUUCGUGGAGAAGGCCAAGUGGCUGUGGUCCAAGGGUGAUGUGCACCAGGCUCUCAUUGUUCUACAGAAGGGAGUAAAACAGUGUUUACCUGAAGGCCAACAUCUCUCAGAUCCUAGGAGGAUCCAGAUUAAAGGAAAAGCACUGCUGCUGGUUGGCCGCUACAUGGAGGAGACUGCAAACUCUGAGAGCAACGCCAUCAUGAAGAUCUACAGGGAUGUCACUACACUGUUACCUGAGUGGGAAGAUGGGAAUUUUUAUUUAGCUAAGUAUUAUGACAAACUGAUGCCGAUGGUGACGGACAAUAAAAUGGAGAAGCAGGGCAACGUCAUCCGCUACAUCGUCACUUAUUUUGGAAAAGCGCUGCAGUUUGGGAAUCAGUACAUUUACCAGGCCAUGCCUCGCAUGCUCACACUGUGGCUCGAUUUUGGUGCAAAAGUUUAUGAAGUGGAGAAAGCGGGUCGUUCAGAUCGAGCUCAGAUGAAGACAGAUUUGAGUAAAAUUAACGCCGUGAUCAGUGAACACACACUACACCUCGCUCCGUAUCAGUUCCUCACCGCGUUCUCGCAGCUCAUCUCUCGGAUCUGUCACUCCAACGACGAGGUGUUCGCCGUCCUCAUGGACAUCAUUGCUAAAGUGUUCCUCGCUUACCCUCAGCAGGCCAUGUGGAUGAUGGCUGCUGUGUCAAAGUCGUCUUAUCCAACCCGGAUGAACAGAUGUAAGGAGAUUUUGAAGAAAGCAGUCAGUCUCAACGGGUCGUUCGGGAAAUUUAUUGGAGAUGCGAACAGACUGACUGACAAACUGGUGGAGCUUUGCAACAAACCUGUGGAUGGGAACAGCCCCACUCUCAGUAUGAGUGUGCACUUUAAGAUGUUGAAGCGUUUGGUGGAGGAGUCGAGUUUCAGUGAGAUCCUCAUACCGCUGCAGUCAGUCCUCAUCCCCACGCUGCCCUCCACCGGUGGCUCCAACACCAGCCAUGACGCCUUCCCCGGACACUGGGUCUACUUAUCCGGAUUCGACGACAACGUGGAAAUUUUGGCGUCUCUCCAGAAACCGAAGAAAAUCUCUCUGAAAGGCUCAGACGGAAAAUGUUACACGAUGAUGUGCAAACCUAAAGAUGACCUGAGGAAAGACUGCAGGCUGAUGGAAUUUAAUUGCCUCAUUAAUAAAAGCCUAAGGAAAGAUGCGGAGUCCAGAAGGAGAGAUCUCCACAUUCGGACGUAUGCCGUGAUUCCGUUAAAUGAAGAAUGCGGCAUCGUGGAGUGGGUUAACAACACGGCCGGCCUUCGCCACAUUCUCACCAAACUGUACAAGGAAAAAGGUAUAUAUUUGACGGGGAAGGAGCUGCGGAAAAUGAUUUUGCCCAAAACAGCAUCAUUUCAGGAGAAACUGAAGCUGCACACAGAUGUUUUGUGUGCUCGACACCCUCCUGUGUUUCACGAGUGGUUUCUCAGAACGUUCCCUGACCCAAUCUCCUGGUACAACAGCAGGUCUGCAUACUGCCGCUCCACAGCUGUCAUGUCCAUGGUGGGCUACAUCCUAGGUCUGGGAGAUCGUCAUGGAGAAAACAUUCUGUUUGAUUCCCAAACUGGAGAGUGUGUACACGUUGACUUCAACUGCCUUUUCAACAAGGGCGAGACGUUUGAUGUUCCUGAAGUGGUUCCGUUCCGGCUGACGCAGAACAUGGUGCACGCCAUGGGGCCGAUGGGAACCGAGGGGCUUUUUAGACAAGCCUGUGAGGUCACACUGAGACUCAUGAGGGACCAGAGAGAACCGCUCAUGAGCGUGUUGAAGACGUUCCUUCAUGACCCUUUAGUGGAGUGGAGUAAACCAGUAAAGGGUUCUUCAAAAACACAAGUCAACGAAUCUGGAGAAAUUGUCAAUGAGAAGGCGAAAACCCACGUCCAGGACAUUGAUCAGCGUCUCCAGGGUGUGAUCAAGAACAGGAAUAAAGUGAUGGGACUUCCUCUGUCCAUUGAGGGACACGUUCACUACCUCAUUCAGGAGGCCACAGAUGAUAACCUGCUGUGUCUCAUGUACCUGGGCUGGGGACCGUACCUCUGAGCCCAACCUCACCCGUCCCACCACACGCUGGGUAUUGGGGAUUUGUUUGGUCAUUUUGUAUUUAUGCACUUCACUUCCUGGUUUGAAGUAAAAAUGUUAACUUUGUCUUUUAAUAAGAAACAAUAAAUCAUAAUGAUUUAUAUGAUAAUAUUAAUUCAUAGUUAUAUACAAUACCAUCUGAGUACUGUAAACUAUCACAAAUGAGGAAGGAGAAAAGGGGAAAUCUGCAGGACUGCAUGAAAUACAAUUACAGCAAAAAGUGAAUUUAAAGGUGAAUCUGGUAAUUAUGUCUUAUUUUUUGUGGUUAAAACCAGAAGUUAAAGUUUAACAGUUAUACUGGUUCUGAUGUUUUGCACUGACUCUCCAUUCUGUUUACUGUUUUAUAGAAAAAAAAUUCUAAUGUUUAAAAAGUUCAUUUUUCCUGCUGUGACCUUCAUGAAACACUGGUGUGUUUAUUCCCCUGGUUAAAUAAAUGUAAAUAGUUUUGCAAUGA